CAAAGUAGUACGAAAAUGGAUAUGAGAUAAAGCGCAUUAUAUUGGCUAACUGAAAAUUCAUAAAAUUUCAACAAUAAUUGAUGGAAUAAGUACAACAGUUAUCGGACAAAAUGAAUAAAGGAAGUUUCACAGCUUCUCCAGUCCCGGCCAAAAAGGCUAAAUUCGGGGAUGAUGAUGAUGAUCUUGGAAGAACGUUCGAAGCCGAACUUGCGGAUAUGGAUUAUGAUGAUGACGAUUUUAACGUAACUCACAUUACUGGAGAGCCUUCAACAAGUCGACAAAUAAAUAGUGUCAAACCUGUUAUAGGACCCGAAUCCAAAACCACUUGUGAAAAAUGGAGUCGACCGGCACCACCUCCGCUAAAUCCAAGCAAAAAUUCUCUCACUUUCCAACAGAUUGAAGUCGACCAUUAUGUUGGUACCCACCUAGCAGGGAUGCCAGGUAGUAACGUGGGACCAGUACCAAUAAUGAGAAUGUUCGGAGUUACUUGGGAAGGCAACUCCGUUUGUUGUCACGUACAUGGUUUUUGUCCCUAUUUUUUCGUAACCGCACCACCAAAAUUCACUAACGAACAUUGCAAACCUUUCAAGGAUGCUCUUAACACUGCGGUCAAAAAGGACAUGAGAUCUAAUCCCGAUAAUGUACAAGAUGCUGUUUUAGCAGUAGAACUUGUAUACAAGCAGACUGUUUAUGGAUACGCAGGAACAGAGAAAUCACCAUUUUUGCGGAUAACCGUUGCACUACAAAAACUUGUCGCACCUUCCAAAAGGUUGAUCGAGUCAGAAAACAUAUAUCCAGCUUUUUAUCACGAUUAUCGAGCUUUCGAAAGCAACAUCGAUUUUGAUAUACGAUUUAUGGUUGAUACCAAUGUUCUCGGAUGUACAUGGAUCGAGUUGCCGGCCAACAGUUGGCGAUUUCACGUUCAAUCGACGACCCGAUGUCAAAUCGAGGUAGACGUCGCUUGGGACGCUUUUAUCGCACAUGCACCUGAGGGUGAAUGGUCCAAAGUGGCGCCGUUCAGGAUUCUCAGUUUUGAUAUCGAAUGCGCUGGUCGCAAAGGUAUAUUUCCCGAACCAAACCAUGAUCCGGUCAUUCAAAUCGCAAAUAUGGUCAUAAAACAGGGCGAACCAGAGCCAUUUAUUCGGAAUAUUUUUACCCUCGAUACUUGCGCUCCGAUUGUUGGAUGCCAAGUCAUGAGCUUCGGCACUGAACAGCUAAUGUUACAGAAAUGGGCCGAGUUUGUGCGCGAUUUGGAUCCUGACAUUUUCACCGGAUACAACAUCAACAAUUUCGAUUUUCCGUAUCUUAUAAACCGAGCUAAUCACCUUAACGUCAGGGAUUUUAGUUAUCUCGGUAGAGUCAAAAAUAUAAAAUCUGUUAUAAAAGAUCAAGUUCUUCAGAGCAAACAGAUGGGACGGAGAGAGAACAAAUAUGUGAACUUUGAGGGACGUGUUCCAUUCGAUUUGCUACUGGUUCUCGUGCGUGAUUACAAAUUGCGAUCAUAUACCCUGAAUGCCGUAAGUUAUCAUUUUCUUCAAGAACAAAAAGAAGACGUUCACCACAGUAUUAUCGCUGAUUUGCAAAAAGGGGACGCUCAAACUCGUCGUCGCCUGGCUGUUUAUUGUUUGAAAGACGCGUACUUGCCACUUCGAUUGCUCGACAAACUCAUGUGCAUUAUUAUUUACAUGGAAAUGGCAAGAGUCACAGGAGUCUCGCUCUCCAGUUUGCUCACUCGGGGACAACAAAUCAAAGUUGUUUCACAACUUUUACGUAAGACGAAAGAAAAAGAUUAUUUGAUACCCGUGCAUACCGGUCAGGGUAGUGAUGAACAGUUCGAUGGCGCAACGGUUCUUGAGCCCAAAAGAGGUUUCUACAAAGAUCCCAUCGCUACGUUGGAUUUCAGUUCUCUAUACCCGAGUAUCAUAAUGGCUCACAACAUCUGUUACACGUCUUUGCUCGGCCCAAAAACCGUAAAACAAUACAAUCUUCAGCCUGAUCAAUACACCGUGACUCCAUCGAACUCAUAUUUCGCCAAAGCGUCCCUGUGUAAAGGUCUUUUGCCAGAAAUUCUGGAAAAUUUAUUGUCAGCGAGGAAGAAGGCAAAGGCUGAAUUAAAGAAAGAGACUGAUCCGCUGAAACAAAAAGUACUCGAUGGUAGACAAUACGCCUUGAAAGUCUCCGCGAAUUCUGUUUACGGUUUCACGGGUGCUCAGCAAGGAAAACUGCCUUGCUUGGAAAUAUCUGGGAGUGUCACGGCUUACGGUCGAGAGAUGAUAGAAAAAACAAAACAGGAAGUGGAAACUCACUACAGAUGUGAAAAUGGUUAUGCGCACAAUGCGGUUGUAAUUUACGGUGACACGGAUUCGGUGAUGGUGAAUUUUGGAGUCAAAGAAAUUGAAGAAGCUAUGAAACUUGGAAGAGAAGCUGCUGAAUAUGUAACGGAUAAAUUUAUCAAACCCAUAAAGCUAGAAUUCGAGAAGGUUUAUUUUCCUUAUCUUCUUAUAAACAAAAAACGUUAUGCCGGACUUUACUUCACGAGACCCGACAAAUACGACAAAAUGGAUUGUAAGGGAUUGGAAACUGUGCGGAGGGACAAUUGUCCUUUGGUUGCAAAUAUGAUGAAUACGUGCUUGAAAAAACUACUCAUCGAUCGAAACCCGGAGGAUGCUUUGAACUACGCUAAGCAAAUAAUCAGCGAUUUGCUUUGCAACAAAGUUGACAUAUCGCAGUUGGUCAUAACGAAAGAAUUGACAAAAACGGAUUACACAGCGAAACAGGCUCACGUUGAGCUGGCAGCAAAAAUGAAGAAACGUGACGCCGGGACAGCGCCUAAACUCGGUGACCGUGUACCGUACGUUUUCAUAAGCGCGACCAAAGGCACACCGGCUUACAUGAAAGCCGAGGAUCCGAUUUACGUUCUAGAAAACAACAUUCCUAUCGAUACGACGUAUUAUUUGGAGAAUCAGUUGUCGAAACCUCUGGUUCGAAUAUUUGAACCGAUUCUCGGUGACAGAGCCGAGUCUCUUUUGCUCAAGGGAGAACACACGCGCACAAAGACUGUAGUUACAUCGAGGGUCGGGGCUCUCGCAGCUUUCACACGCAAAAAAGAAGCUUGCAUUGGAUGUCGCGCAGUUUUGUCGGCGGAUCGUGAAAAAAUGGCGCUCUGUAAGUUCUGCGAAACGAAGGAAGUUGAGUUUUACCAAAAAGAAUUGGCUACGGGGCGGAAACUGGAAGAAAAGUUUUGUAGAUUGUGGACCGAGUGCCAAAGAUGUCAGGGAAGUCUUCAUCAAGAAGUUCUAUGCACGAGCCGUGAUUGCCCAAUUUUCUAUAUGAGGAAAAAAGUCCAAAUGGAGCUGGAUACGCAAACAAAAAGGAUCGAGAGAUUCGGAAUUCCGGACUGGUAGCAAGUGUCAAACAAUUGCAUCGAUUCUCUUUGUCAAAUUAACGCAGGGCAUCCAGACCGAGAGCUUGAUGAACCUCUGCAACGCUCAGACAACCCGCCAUGUCUUGUUUGUUCGCCAGCACUACUAGAAUCGCCCCUUGAAGCUCGUCCUCCUGUAAAUGUUUCCAUUCGGUAUUCAUUUUUUUUUAUCGUUUUAGAACAACGAAAAUACUUCUUUUGCAUUUUAUUUUUGUAUUCACAAAAUCAUCAACGUAUGUUCUGCCCACUCACUACUUGUGAAAAAUGUUUUUUUUUUUUUAUUUUAUCCGCGUUGUAAACAUUCAUUUUUGAAACAUAGAGACAACAACCGCAUUGUGUUUUCAAAAAAUUUGGAUCGAAUGUUUCCGAUUAUAUAUUAGUAUAAUCAUUUGUGUUCGUCAUUGUGAUUUCCAAUAAAUAAUAUUUUCAAUAAUA